GUAGGUAGCAGCCCACACCAGUAGUGUAGUGAGGCUGGCCACUCUGGGUGAGAGUCAUCUAUCACUGACUGACUCAGUGCUCCAUGCUCCAUGGCAUGGCAGGCAGCACGCUGAAGCAGGACCGUUUCUGUGUACGGGACGAUACUUUGUCAGCUGCUUUCUCAUUCUGAAGGACAUUUUAAGAAAGGGUUCAAAGUCAGCGGUGGUCGGGCGACCCCCCCCCCGUUGUCCCUGGCACCAUGAGCUCCUGGGUGGUGAACAGGAACGGAGAGCCGCAGUACUGCCGCCACUUCCUCAACGACAACAGCGUCUUCCACGUGGAGCGAUGCAUGAGCGUGAUGCAGUCGGGGACCCAGAUGGUGAAGCUGAAGGCCGGCUCCAAGGGGCUGCUGCGGCUCUUCUACCUGGACGAGCACCGCUCCUGCAUCCGCUGGAAGCCCUCCAGGAAGAGCGAGAAGGCCAAGAUCACCAUUGAUUCGCUGUACAAAGUGACGGAGGGCCAUCAGUCGGACAUCUUCCACCGGCACGCGGAGGGGGGCUUCGAGCCGGCCUGCUGCUUCACGGUGUACCACGGGAACCACAUGGAGUCCCUGGACCUGGUCACUUCCAACGCAGACGAGGCCCGCACCUGGGUGACCGGCCUGCGCUACCUGAUGGCCGGCAUCAGCGACGAGGACUCCCUGGCAAGACGGCAACGCACCCACGACCAGUGGAUGAAGCAGACGUUCGAGGAAGCGGACAAGAACGGAGACGGUCUCCUGAACAUCGAGGAGAUCUACCAGCUGCUCCACAAGCUCAACGUCAACCUGCCGCGCAGGAAGGUGAAGCAGAUGUUCCAGGAGGCGGACACAGACGACCAGCAAGGAUCUCUCACCUACGAGGAGUUCUCCGUGUUCUACAAGAUGAUGUCUCUGAGGCGCGACCUUUUCCUGCUCAUGAUGGCCUACAGCGACCGCAGAGACCACCUGACGGCCGAGGAGCUGGCCGUGUUCCUGCGCACCGAGCAGAAGAUGACCACCGUGACGCCGGAGUACUGCGCUGACAUCAUCGAUAAGUUUGAGGAGUCCUCCGAUUAUAAACAAAAGGGCCUCCUGGGCAUCGAAGGGUUCACCAGCUUCAUGCGCAGCCCGGCCUGCGACGUGUUCAACCCGCUGCACCGCGAGGUGAACCAGGACAUGGAGCAGCCGCUGUGUAACUACUUCAUCGCCUCGUCCCACAACACCUACCUGACCGGGGACCAGCUGCUGUCCCACUCCAAGACCGACAUGUACGCCUGGGUGCUGCAGUCGGGCUGCCGCUGCGUGGAGGUGGACUGCUGGGAUGGUCCCGACGGAGACCCGGUGGUCCAGCACGGCUACACCCUGACCUCCAAGAUCCCCUUCAGGGCCGUCAUCGAGACCAUCAACAAAUACGCCUUCGUCAACAACCGGUACCCGGUGAUCCUGUCCAUAGAGAACCACUGCAACAUCCAGCAGCAGAAGAAGAUCGCCCAGUACCUGAGGGAGAUCCUGGGGGACAAACUGGACCUCGGACACAUUCUCAGCAGGGAGUCCAAGAACCUCCCCAGCCCCAAUAGCCUGCAGGGCAAGAUACUCAUCAAAAGUUCAAAAGGAGUGUUGAGGAAGUCUCAAAGUCGGUCCUUCAUCACGACGCUCAAACAGAAGAGGCACUCCAAGUCCAGACUGACGUGCCAGAGUGUGGAGAAGGAUGACGAUGAGCAGGACAGCGCCUACAGAGAAGCUGGAGGACAGUUCAACAGGGGGGGGAGGAAGAGGAAGACGAUGAAGCUCAGCCGAGAUCUGUCAGACCUGGUGGUGUUCACCAACUCCAUGGCCUCUCAGGAGUGCCUGGAUGAAGGUACUCCAGGGGACGUGCUGUCCUUCAGCGAGGCCCGGGCCCAGUCACUAGUCCACCACCGGGCCCCCCAGUUCCUGGCCUUCAACCAGAGGCAGCUGUCCCGCAUCUACCCCUCGGCCUAUCGCAUCGACUCCUCCAACUUCAACCCUCAGUUCUACUGGAACGUUGGCUGCCAAUUGGUCGCCCUGAACUACCAGACGGAGGGUCGCAUGAUGCAGCUGAACAGAGCCAAGUUCAUGGUGAACGGUGGCAGCGGCUACGUCCUUAAGCCGCCGCCCAUGUGCCAAGGGUCUCUCAACCCUUUCUGUGAUGACCCUCUGCCAGCGUACCCCAAGAAGCAGCUGAUGCUCAAGAUCAUCAGUGGACAGCAGCUGCCAAAGCCCCCCGAUUCCAUGCUGGGGGAUCGGGGCGAGAUCAUCGACCCGUUCGUGGAGGUGGAGAUCAUCGGCCUUCCUGCUGAUUGCUGUAAGGAGCAGACACGGGUGGUUGACGACAACGGUUUCAACCCGGUCUGGGAGGAGACCCUGUCCUUCACGCUCCACAUGGCGGAGGUGGCCCUGGUCCGGUUCCUGGUCUGGGACCACGACCCCAUCGGACGGGACUUUGUUGGGCAGCGGACUGUGGCCUUCAGCAGCCUCAUGCCUGGUUACAGACAUAUAUAUUUGGAGGGUUUGACCGAGGCUUCCAUUUUUGUACAUAUAUCAGUACAUGAAAUCUACGGAAAGUGGAGCCCCCUAAUCCUGAACCCCAGCUUUACCAUAAUGCACUUUCUAGGAUCUAACAAGGGUCACCAGCUGCGGGGCAUCAGGGGCUUCUUCAGUCGCUCCUCCAAGUCCUCUGUGGAGGCCAACUCCCCCGCCGCUCUGAAGACCCGCUCCAUCAGCGACCACCUGCUGCGGCGCACGGCCAGCGCCCCCGCCAAGGGACGCAAGAAGACCAAGCUGGCCCUGACCGAGUCCAUGGCCUCCAUCUCGGACCCGAGGCCCAGCCCGGACCGGCCGGUGGGCCCAGCGGGAGAGAGUGUGCAGGGACCCGAGGGGGCGAUGGAGAAGCGGCCCCAGCUCCGUCCCUCUCUCACCCACCGGCCCAUCUCCAUGCCCCUGGACCGUCUCCUGGAGGGCCAGCUCAGCCUCUGCUCCUCAGAGAAGGGGCGCCAUCAUCUGGGCGCAGAUGCUGUCAUCGGAAUGAGUCCCUUAGACCGGCCCAGGUCUACGUCUGUGGGUCUCCUCAUCGAAUCAUCUGCCACAGAUCAACUGAGCUUCUCAACCCCUUCAAAGACAUGUACGGAUAGAAUCACUCAGCGCAGCAAAUCAGUAGACACCUCUCAUCUUGUCAUCGGCGAAGAGGAUGAAAGAAGCGGAAAGGAUUAUUCCAAAGAACAAUCACAGGAACUUCCCAAUCAACGAAAGAUGAUGGGGUGCGGGUUCACGGGGACACAGAGGAUAUGCGUGAGGUCCCCGUUUGGUGGCUCGCAGAGGAGGCGGCAGGCGACGGAGACGUCUUCGGACGGCACCACCUACACGGUAGCACCUUCCGCCCCCUCCUCUGGGACUCCCCUGAGCCCGGUGAACAUGGACCGCUCCAACAAUCUGCGAAGCCCCAACUCCCUACAGGACAGUACCCUCUCCAGGCUCAUCGACGCCGUCUCCCUAGGCAACGAGAAUGACACCCGUGGCUCCAUUUCUGCUCUGAUUGGUCAGUUUGACAACACUGUUGAUCAAAGCAAUCGUUCGACCACCUCUAAUGGGGGAGCGAAGAACGAACAUCAGAGGCUUAACGGCUUCCUCAACCUUUCUGUUCAAAAUUGUAGCACUCCGAACCAGUCCAACAUCCCUCACAAAGGGUUGCAGGACUACAUGUCUCCUCUUUGCAUGGGUUCAUCAAAUGGCCAAAUCAGCAUAAAAGGUCCAAUUAGUCCUCAAAAGGCUCAAAAGUCAGACUCUCCAAACACAAGACUCUAUUCACCCCGGAAGAUCUCCCAGGCCGACCAACCUGCUCCCCCUGCUCCGGCUUCCUUCCACAGCCCCGAGACGACGGAGCAGGAGGAGGUUUACACCAUCCUGGAUGAGGAGGUGCUGUCCCCUACCUCCAUGUACAACCUGAAGAAACAGACGGUUCAUUUCCAGGCCCUGGACUCUAUGAGAAGCACUCAAACGUCAAACGGCCUGGGCUUCUCCCCAUCCAAGCUGUCCCGAGGUUUGGGGUCAGAGGAUGGCAUGGGGCGGUGUGUUGACCAAGAAUGGAGGGGAGGCCAUCCUAUGGAGGUAGAGGAAAGUGUGUAUGAAGAGGUGUAUGACCCAGCGGGUCCCAUCCUAGAGCCGGGCCGUGGGGUGGCAUGCAGCUACAACGGCUACUCUGUGGAUCGCCCCACGUCCCAGUUUUCCCGCGACAUGGCUGGGUGUGCUUAUAAGGAGGUGGAGAUAAACGUGGACGAGGAUCCUCUGGAAAGGAUGCUGCCCCCGUCCCGGCAUGUCCACAUGCUCACCAGCCCGACCAAACGUCACGCUAUCUACCAGAACAACGACUCGGCUCAGUUGCACCGUUUGCCCCAGAUACAGCCUUCCUCCUCUUAUAACGCUCACCAAAGCUCGCCACACAAAUCUCAAUAUUCGCAACGUUCCUCCCCUGUGUCCAAACCUUAUUUUCAGCAGCCGCAACAAAGCCAGCUUGUUUCAAACUCCCAGCCGUCUCUUUAUCAAAGGUCGAACAAUUCUCAAAUUUUGAUGACACAGAGCCCCCUUCGCCAGAACAGCUACCCAUCUCCGCAGUAUAAACCAGAGUCCUACGUCAACAACAAAGACUUUGCAAAACAGAGAAACUACAACGGCAGCAAUGGCAUGAAUGGCUUCCACAGGGAGACGGGCAACACAAUAGAGAGGGAGUUGGUAGGACACUUCCAGAGCAGCCCUUCUGCCUCAGAGUUUCUCCCUGCCAAGUCAGUGGUAUCUCGCGUUCUCUCCAGAGAAAGAGCCAUGUGUUCGCCCACCCCUUAUUCCGACGGGGCGCACGGCCAGCUGGAUACGGACUGCCACACGCCUGAAUCACACUACGUCAACUUCACGAGUCCAAGCCAUCCGCAGACACCCAGACAAACCACCUCUCCGCGGGAAGUGUGUUCCCAUCUCAACGACGCGCAGCAGCGUCAGCCUGACGCCACACGGCCUCCCUCAGAGCCACGCUUAGAGCCGUUCCCAUCGCUCCCCCAGUCCGGCCCAGUGAGCAGCCAGGCAACCGGUCCCAGCAAAUCCAAAUCCCUGGGAGACCUGACAUCGGAGGACAUCUCCUGCAACUUUCAGAGUAAAUACCACAUCAUCAGCCGCAGUUUCAUCACCCCCCACAUGAGGGACCGCAAGAGGAUCGGCACCCUGGGGCGACCCGCGCCCCCAGCACAGUCUUCCGACCCUCUUACCCAGCAGCUACGCAGGCUGUUGAACCUCGACGCCGUCGAGUGCGAAGAGUCCGUUCCCGGGACGGAGCCUCCGCAGCCGCCUCAUGCCACCCAGCGACCGCCCUCUCCGCCGCAGCCCCGGGACACGGUCGCGUCCUCCGCCCACGGCGUGGACGUGGAUGGCUCACCGCCGCCGCUCACCCGUCGGCUGUCCUCGCGCAGCCAGAGCCGCGUGCGCCACAUCAACAGCCGCGCCCGCGAGAGGCAGCAGGAGGCGCUCAAGCCGCGGUCAGAGCUGGGGGGCAACGGCGGGAGCGGCGGCGGCGGGGUGGUGCUGCGCAGCAAACCCGUGUCACAGACGCCGGCGCCGAACAGACAUUCCACGGGCUCCUAUAUCGCCGGGUAUCUGGGGCAGCUGGAGGACAGGGGCCUGCCGGAGGGGUCGUGUGCCCCGCUGCAGCAGGGAUACGCCGACCGCUACGGGGACGGGUACUACGGUAACUACUCACACCCGAUGCCGGCGGACUCUUCCUACGCCUCCACGGAGCCUGAGGUGUACUUCCUGCUCAGAUUGUAGCGCCAACACCUGCGGGAAUGAGAAGAAGAGGUGGACACAUACAUACUUGAAGGAAGUGCAAUUACACCGGAAAUCCUCAUCCACACGCACACUUUUAGAUUUCCUUAUUCUAAAGUGUAUCCUUUGUACAAUAUAGCUGGUGGUAUGUACAGUGUGUUAUGGUUGGACCAGAAAGCAUGUACUUCCUGUAUGAGAUGACCACAGUUCAAUAAAGUGGGAGUUUUCAUGGCGCCAACCGUCGUGGCAAUGUAGCCUAGUGUCUUUGUCCUGUUUGGUCUGUGAAAGUACUUUAAAAUGCAUUCUAGAAUACUGCACAACACUGUUCGCUCUGUUUGUGUAACGUACCGUCAGAACUAUCUGUACUGUUGAAGCAGAUUCCUUGACCCUUGUAUCUUUUGAAUGUGAAUUUAUUUCAAACAGACACUUUUACAUAAUGAGGUCUAUUUUAUCAAAGAUCUCCUUGAAGUCUUCCUUUUCAGUAUUACUUCUAGGUGUAUAUACUGGCUGUGUGUAAAUAUUUCAGUUUUGUUUCCCAUGAUAGAAUCGAUUUGGCAACGGUUUCUUGUUAAGAAUGGCCUGCAAAUGUUUUAGUUUUCUGCAUGUAGACUGGACAUCUCGAGCAUGACUAUGCACAAACCUAUUCAGUUGAUGUUGCGAUGCCCGUCAAGAAUUACCUGGAACAAUGUGUGAAAUAAAGACACAGACUUGCUUGCAUUAGGUGCAAUACAGUACAUAGACUUGCUUGCCUAUAGUAUGUUCAUUUUUACGUAGGAAUCAAAAACACUGUAUUAAUCAUUGUAUUUUUAUAAUUACUUUGAUACUGACUGCAUAAAUACAUCAAUCCUUGGAAGUGGUAACUUGACAUGUCACUACACUGAGGUUUAAGUGGAUACGCAUACAGGAGACGCAGGAGUCAAAUAGAGAGUUUUAGACUGGGCUAAACUACAGUUUUUUGUAAUAUUUUUUUCAGUGUUGGACCUAUCGUCUGUGUAUUAUUACUCAUUAGAGUACUAUGGGCAUUUCCCUACAAAUGCAAUAAAAUAUCAAAUCACUUGAUUUGAGGAAAACAA